AUGGCAUUUAUGAUAAAGAAACUUAAGCAGUUGGAAAUCCUCGAAAGCGAUGACCUCAAUUAUGUUACAUCAAAACUGGUUUGUGACAUAUCAUCUAAGACUUGCAUGUUUGGCAGUCAUGCUGAUGUGCCAAUACAAAAUGAACAAAGUGCCUCAACAAACAUAAUGUCUGAAAAAUCUCUAGGUCUACCGGAAGUAUCUGACGAUAAUCAGUCCAUGUCAGAUCAAUCUCCUGAAGUAUCUUUCAAUCCCCUGGUGGAGCAUAACUAUUGUAAACACUCAAAGGAGCAUCGUAAUAUAAAAAAUUGGAAAAGUAACUUACCAUCAGUGGUAACACCUGAAAAAUAUAGAGUCCACCAACAAAAUAUAAAGACUUUAAGAAGACAGGUUUAUCGUCUUAGAAAACAGGGAAAAGACAUAAAGUCACAGCUAGAAAACGCAGUGUAA